UAGAGGUCGAAAUAUCGUGAUAUUGCUUUGUCACUUGCUCCCUAUGACCCAACCACUAUCUGAUGGCGCAAAAUCGACAUCACCAUAGUUCAGUGCAAUAAUUACUGAAUGCGCCCACAUUAUUCGGAAUUAGGAUCUAGUUGUCGGUUUCAGGGUCGUUUACCACUUGGUAUAAAAGACUGUCCGCGACUUCAAUUGUCAUUCAGCUCAAGCUUGUCCAUCCAGCAACAUGAAGACGAUCAGCGCUCUCCUGGCCGUGUGCGUUCUGUUCGCCGCAGUGUCAUGCACUGUGGCCACUAAGGGCAAGGGCGGCGGCGGCGGCGGCUACCAGUCCGUCCACGUCGUCCACGUCCCGGUCAUCCACCGCUAUGUGCCAGUGCCGGUCUACCACGGCUACGGCGGCUACGGCAAGGGCCACGCCGUCGGCUAUGGUGGCGGCUUCGGCAAGGGUGGCGGCUUCGGCCACGGAGGUGGUUUCGGCAAGGGUGGUGGUUUCGGAAAGGGUGGCGGUUUCGGCUACGGACCCGCCCCCGUUCGCUACGGAAGUUACAGUUAUUAGAGACAUUAGAAUUGAGUUAGGCUGAAGGCCAGAAGUAUUGUGGGUGUCAACUUGCUCAUCCGGUUAUGUGUGUGCAAUGUUGCUGUUCUUUGUGCAAACCAUGACUGCCAGACAAUGGUGGUUGGGUGAUACUAGACCUCUGUAUACCGAGGUCUAUGGAGAUACUCAUUGGUAACGUUCUCCGAACAUGUGCUGCUCUUUUAUUAUGCAAGUGUCAUCGAAAGUCUCUCAUAUCAUAUGUGAAUGCGAUGUAUUUACUUGUGGUGACAUUCCCUGAUCCACAUCAAUUGCCUAUCAUACUUGUGUUUACCAUGAAAAGCAGAGGUCUUUGCAUGUUCUUGCGUUCGCAUUUUGAUUAUGUCUUCCACCACCCAAAUGUAUCCAAUUGUCUCUGAUAAAUACACAACAAAUGCC